CUUGGUUUGUGCGCGGAGCUUGGGCGGUGGGCUGGGUUGUUGUUGCCUUUUUUUGCGUGGAGGGUUGGUAUAUUUACUGACUGUUCUUGCCAGUUUUGCGAUUUUGUGUCGGUUGAGCUGAUUGUUUGCUUGGAUUGCAAUACAACUGCUGAUACGCCACUGCUUGAAGGUUACUUGACAUACAAGGAGCUGAGGGUGUGCUGUUUUACGGAUCGCGGCUUCACGAACAAGGCUGCGAGAAGACGAGGACAAGAGCAAUCAUGCCGCCACCAUGGACGUCGCAGAAUCUCAUCAAUGACUUCUGGUCACAGCAUCUAUCUCCCAACACUCCCCCCGUGAAAGCCUCCGCCGUCCUCCCCAAACCCUUCUACACCACCAAAAUCUCCAAACGCCCCCCCACCAGCUCCCUCCCCUCCGUCUCCGUCCGCGCCUCCUACGACACCGCCGUCGCGGCCUGCACAAAAAAAGUCGCCCACAUCGUGCGAGAAUGCCAAGCCAUGAACCUCAAAUACACGGACCCAUACUUCGAUCUCGACGACAAGGAGGAUUGCAUGUACCCCCUCUCGAUGCCCGAGCGCAAGCCGGCUGAGGAUGUGCACCCCAAUCGCGGGUUAAAUCUGUAUGAGGAGAACGGGGGCGGGGAGCGGAAGGGACAUCUUUUGCUUUUUGGGAAUGCGCCCGAGGGGGGGACGAGGAAGGCUCCGUUGCCGCCGUCGGUGAAGAGGGUGGGGGAUAUCUUUGAUAAUCCGCAGUUUUAUGUUGAUGGAGCGAGCGCAAAGGAUGUGAGGCAGGGGGGGAGUGGGGAUUGCUGGUUCAUGUCUGCGUUGAUGGCUUUGUGUAACAGCACAGGGGCCGACUCGCUGUUAGAGAAAGUGUGCGUUGCUCGCGACCAGGAGGUGGGCGUGUAUGGCUUCGUAGUCUUCCGGGACGGGGAGUGGGAGAGUGUGAUUAUCGACGACAAACUCUACCUCCGCAAACCCGACUACGACGACCUAGCCGAGCGCGUGCGCAAAGACUGGGAGGCAGCCAAGGUGCGCGACGACGAUGCGGAGGACUGGAGGCGCGAGUUCCAGACGAACAGUGGGGCGUUGUAUUUCGCGCAGAGCACGCACGAGGACGAGACGUGGGUGCCGCUGCUGGAGAAGGCGUAUGCGAAGGCGCAUGGGGAUUACGGCGCUAUCCAUGGCGGGAAUGUCGGGGAGGCGAUGGAAGAUUUGACGGGGGGGAUUAGCGUGAUGAUUAGCACGAGGGAUAUUCUGAGUAAGGAGAGGCUGUGGCAGGAUUUGCUGAAGGUGAAUACGGAGUACCUUUUUGGCUGCGCGAGUCCGGUUUGGGAUGAUCCGGAUGAUGAUGGGGGGAAGGAUGGGAUACAGGCGAAUCAUGCGUAUUCGAUUUUGAGGGCGGUGCAGUAUAAGAAUGAGAGGUUGCUGUUGAUUAAGAAUCCGUGGGGGAGGAAGGAGUGGAAGGGGCCGUGGUCGGAUGGGGCGAAGGAGUGGACGCAUGAGUCGAUAAAGGAUCUGGGGCAUAGCUUCGGCGACGAUGGGAUUUUCUGGAUCAGAUACCAGGAUUUACUGAGGAAGUACGAUGAGAUCUACCGCACGCGUCUGUUCGCCGAUGAGUGGCGCGUCGCCCAGCAGUGGGUUAACGUCGAUGUUCCCUGGGCCGGGGAUUACCUCGACACACGCUUUGAAGUCACGCUCGAAAAGGGGGCGCAGACAGUCAUUAUCCUCUCCCAACUCGACGAGCGCUAUUUCCGCGGUCUGGUCGGACAAUAUGUAUUCCUGAUGUCCUUCAGAGUCCACAAAAAAGGCGAGGAAGACUACCUGAUGCGCACGCACGGUGAGUUCUACCGCCAGCGUUCAGUCAGCGCGGAGUUAUUCCUCGAGGCGGGGACGUACGAGAUACGCAUGAAAGUCGCGGCGUCGCGGAACGAUAAGUCGCAUAAGGUUGAGGAUAUCGUGAAGGGGAAUUGGCUUGAUCGGCGCGAGAAGCUGUUGCAGGUUGGGCUUUCGUAUGAUAUUGCGCAUGCGAAGGGGCAGCUUGAGUAUGAUACCUCGGAGGAGGAGGAGGAAGAGGUUGUUGAAAAGGAGGCGGCGAAACAACAGCCUGAACUCCCCAAAUCGCAGCCGGAACCGUCUAAAUCCCAACAAGAACCUAAAGUCGACGAUGGCCCAAUAGUCGAAGAAGCCGACGCAACCCCAGAAACACACCACCAACCCCACGACACAACAUCCCAAGACGAAGCCACAGCCUCCGGCGACGACAACGAUUGGGAAGACGACAACGACCCUUCCUCCUCCGCCCCCACCCUCCGCCGCCGCCCAACCGACCUCGACGACCGUCGCGACUCCAGCAGACCACGAGACUUCCGCCCCCGUCCCCGCGACUAUCCCCCUUCACGGCGCCAACGUACGUUCUCCCCCGGUCCACCGAGGAGGAGGGGAACUUACUCACCCGGCCCCCGCCGCGCCAUCUCGCCUGGGCCACGCAGAUAUCCGCCUGGUCCACCGCGAGGGUUCCCGCUGCCGCCGAGGGGGUACCCGGGGCCGUUGCCAUUGAGGAAUUAUCCACCUCCUGGACCACCGAGGGGGUUUCCCGGCCCGCCUCCACCGCCGCCGGGACCGCUUCCCCUUGGUGGUGGUGGUGGUGGAGGAGGAGGUGGUGGACAUCCACAGCCAUUCAGGAGGGGCUCGUUUGAUAAUGACCUCCCCAGCCCGCAUCGCAGUGUGGCGGGCUCGUUUGAGGAGAGGAGGGAGAUGGAGUUUGAUGGGGCGAGUUUGUAUUAUGAUACUGCGGUUAACCCCAGGGCGUGGGGGGCUGCGGUGGUGGUGGGGGUGAGGGUUUAUUGUAGGGAUACGGAUGCGGGGAUUAAGGUUGUUAGAGGGGAGGGGGGGGAGGAGGGGGGGAAGGGGGGCGGGGGCGGGGUGAAGAUGGAUGUUGAUGAUCCGGCUGUGGAUGCUGUGGGUGGGGGGAGGGGGGAGGGUGGGAGUGGGAGUGGGGGAUUGACGCCGAGGGUUGGGAAGAAGGAGUGA